AUGUUGAGCGCCCAGGCCUCCUUCUCCUUCCCCAGAGGACACUUUGUCGUCUUUGUCUUUGUCGCUUCCACCAUCUUCCACCUGCAGCAGCGACUGGUGAAGAUGGAGUACAGGUGGACGGGAGAGAAUCGGGAGCUCCCACCAGCACCGCCACCGUCUCCACAGGCGUCACCCUCGGGAGGCCAGCCGCCGCUGGAGGGCAUGUGGACGAUCAACGCCAUCGGCCGCCUGGGGAACCAGAUGGGCCAGUACGCCACGCUGUACGCCCUGGCCAAGGCCAACGGCCGGCCGGCCUACAUCCCCGCGCCCAUGCACCGCACGCUGGCGCCGCUCUUCCGCAUCAGCCUCCCGGUCCUGCACAGCUCCACGGCCAGCGCCGUCCCGUGGCGCAACUACCGGCUGGACGACUGGAUGCAGGAGCGCUACCGCCACAUCCCGGGCCGCUACGUGCGCCUCACCGGCUACCCCUGCUCCUGGACCUUCUACCACCACCUGCGGCCCGAGAUCCUGCGCGAGUUCAGCCUGCACGAGCACGUGCGCCGCGAGGCGCAGGCCGUCCUGGGGGCGCUGCGCGUGCACGGGGCGCGGCCCCGCACCUUCGUGGGGGUGCACGUGCGGCGCGGCGACUACGUGCACGUCAUGCCGCGCGUGUGGAAGGGGGUGGUGGCCGACCGCGCGUACCUGCGGCAGGCCCUGGACUGGUUCCGCGCCCGCUACCCGGCCCCGGUCUUCGUGGUCACCAGCAACGGGAUGGCCUGGUGCCGGGACAACAUCGAUGCCUCGCGCGGGGACGUGGUGUUCGCGGGCGACGGCCUCGAGGGCUCGCCGGGCAAGGACUUUGCUCUGCUCACGCAGUGCAACCACACGGUCAUGACCAUCGGGACCUUCGGGAUCUGGGCCGCCUACCUCGCGGGUGGGGACACCGUCUACCUGGCCAACUACACGCUAACUUCACGUAAAGAAUGA